GGGGUUGGAGAGUCAUGACAUUGGUUGCGAUUGUUAACUAUAUAAGGCAACCUCUGCAGGAGACUACUAGUAAGAGUUAUAUCAAUAACCUUAAAACAGCGUCAUGCAGAUUAUUGUUCUUGUUUUGGCUGCCAUUUUGGUACACGUGUCUGAAGUAAAAGGAUGCAGCUGUGCCGAUAGUGAUGGUCAAACUAAAUAUUGUCAAUCUGCUUACGUUGUUAUCGCCCGAGUUAAUGAUAUCACGAUCGAGGAAGGUGUGUCUUUGCCUAAUGCUGGUCGGACCUAUGAUGUACAAGUUUUAAAUGUUUACAAAGGAAUAGUAAACAAAGGGCCUGCAAAGGUCCGUACUUCCGGCGUUGCUUCUUUAUGUGGUGUGGGACUGGAGAGAAAAGUGUAUCUUCUGAACGGUCAUAUUCAGAAUGGAGAAAUGUGGAUCAAUUCCUGCAGUAUGAUUACAUUCAACCCGCUUAUUGGCUCAAACCCUACCUUCAAUUUUGAUCCUAACUACGACUGUAGAUGCAAAAAGGAAAAUAUACUGCUAGGAGUUGGUGAACCGAAGCCGCACAGAGUUUGUGCGCUGGGAAACAGAAUUCGAUGUCCUCCUCGAUAUUAUGGAGCACCUCGUAAAUUGGCUGAAUGUCGCUAUUAUGAAAUCGCAGAUGACUGUGACUGGCACUGUUGAGCUCCCUAGAUUUAUAACAGAUGACAUUCAUGUAAAUUUCAUAUAUAAUAAAGAUAAUUCUGGUGUUA